AUGUUGGACUUCUUUCACAAGGCCCCAAACGAGGAUUGCUGGUACAAGUUUCUUGAGCCAAUCUUGCCAUACAUCCGCAACAUCAUUCCCGCCUCUGUUGCAUGCGAUUUGCUCGACAUCUUCUUGACCGACCCGGGGAGCUCCUUGUUUCGUGUCGCAUCUCCAUACAUCUUGACCAGAGUCUUUCGUAAAAAGUCUAUUGUACAUCCAACAAACCCCAGAUAUACCACACCAGCGUUGUUGGCAACAAUCCUUUGGUGUGUAGCACAGACUGCCGAUGUCAUGAUGCUGCAUGUCCCGGGCUCAAGGGCCAAGGUUGUCAACGAUCUGUACGACUUGGCAACAUCUCUAAUAUCCGAACGUGACCCAGAUCGGUGGCGUAGAAUUCAUGGUGGCCUCCGAGCAGAAAACGAGACACCACAUCCUAGGCUCCCUAAUGCUCCAACCGUGCCAAAAACCACGGUGAAUAACGAACCAGCUGGCGAGACUGACGAUGUCCUGACCUUUAUCCUUCUGUCCAUUGCUGUCUCGGGCUCUGACUUCAAGUCGGACUGCUACAAAUGGUGGUCCAAGGCAACACGGCUGGCCUUUUCGCUGGGUCUACACCGAGAGGACGAGCAAUGUGCCGGGCCUGUGACGCCGUGCGCAAACCCCCUUUGCUCGUGCAAAAAAGACCAAGAUGGCAGCAUAUAUAACUUGGAGCUACGAGAAGAGCGUCGAAGAGUCUUUUGGCUUCUCUACGCUCUGGAUCGCCAUCUAGCCUUGUCUUUCAACUCGGCUCUAACAAUACCCGACUCUUAUUGCGAAGUUUAUUCCCCGUUGCCUGAAGCUGUUUGGGAAAACCUCGAUACAAUCCCACCUAGCGAAAUCCCCGCCCGAAGGAUCGGACCGCCAACGACUGCCUCUGGGUCUGCCUUUUUCGAAUACUUUUUGCCACUCAUGGCCAUACUGGGCGACAUUAUCGAAGUCCACCACAGACGCCGUCAUCCAAGACUGGCAGGUCUCGACGACUCGCACUCUGUAGCCGUUAUCCAGGAGCUCCUUUCCACCUACGAGCUCAGUCUUGCCGCUCUUUCACCAGAGAGCAAUGAUAACAACACCAUGCCUUUGCCUAUCCAUACCCCAAAGGGCAUGCUCGCCGGAAUGCCUUCGAGGCCAUCCAUCUCUUAUCAGCACCCGCCCUCUGCAGCUCCAUACAACGCAAGUGACCCUUCCAAGAUGCGGCUAGCAAAGGCCUAUAGCACCCACAUUCUACACGUAUUGCAUGUGCUUCUGCACGGCAAAUGGGAUGCUAUAUCUAUGUUGGACGACGGCGACGAUUGGAUCACGUCCAAGAGAUUCAACGAGUGCGCGUCUCACGCCAUUUCUGCGUCGCAAUCGGUCUCGACCAUCUUGACCAUUGAUCCAGAACUUACCUUCAUGUCCUACCUUUUUGGCAUAUAUCUGCUUCAAGGAAGCUUCAUCCUUCUCCUAUUCGCAGACAGGAUGCCGCAAUUGGGUCCCAACGAGUCGGUAGCGCAGGCCUGCGAGAACAUCAUUCGAGCCCAUGAGGUGUGCGUUGUAACGCUGAGUACAGAGUUUCAGAAAAACUUCCGUACGGUCCUACGAUCCACUCUAUACAGCGUUCAGGGCGCAGGAACCACGAAUUGGGAUGAGCAUCGCUCACGACGCAGAGCUCUGUCCUUGUACAGGUGGACAAAGGGAGCCAAGGGGCUGGCAUUGUAG